AUGUCCAAAUCUACAAGUAUUUCCCGACACUUUGAUCCAGAUUCCAGACCCGUUUCAGGAACACGACUGAGUCCUUUAGAUCAUAAACCGUGCAUAUCAACUGUACAAGAAGAUGUUGCAAAAUUGCCGUCAGAAGCCGAGGUUGAGGGUUUGUUGUUGCCACCGAGACCACCGAGCGAUGCCAGUAAACCUAGCAGGAAGGCCCCACGAGCCCGCACACAACAUACCAACAGUGUAGACGGUUCUACUGUAUCAGAAUCUCAGAAAUCCAGGAACGGCACCUUGUCAGAUGAGUCUCCAUGUAAAGAAAGUGGUCAAAUAACUCCAGAACGUGUCGGCAGUGGGAAUAAAGAGCGGAGUCUAGCUAUAGAAGAAAGGGGUGAAGGUGAUGGGAAGGAAGCUCCGCCACACAGAGCACCAAGUGUGGCAUCUAACACACCUGUUUCAAGUGUGUCUAGUGUUCGUACUGAUGUUGAGGAAAGACUUGGCAGUGGUGGAUCAAAACGUACUGGUCAUGAUGUAGACACUAGAGUCGGGAGUGGUGGUUCUAAGCGUGGUGGUCAUGAUACAGACUCAAGGGUGGGGAGUGGUGGAACCAAGAGGACUUCAAGCGCUGGUAGUAGAGGAGGUAGCGCAGGUAAAAGAGAAGAUGACAGUCAGGAAGAGCUAGAGUUUUAUACCAAUCAUAUAUCACCACUGCUAGAAUUAAUGGCAGAAUACAGUCAAAAAAAAGAUGUUCAAAAGAUUAUAUCUUUGUCAGAAGAUCUUUAUCAACUUCUGCAGAAAAAUAAUUUAUUGUCCAAAACCUACAAACAACGAUCUAGAAUUCUCAAAUCUAUAUUUAAAAUGUUAGAUCUUGAGGAACCACAAUUGUUACUGCAGCUUGCGAGACUCAUUUUGGCAAUAGUAGCAGAAGAUCCGUUCCGUGUUGGUGGUAACAACCUUUUAAAUGUGUGUAAACUUGUGUUCAAAGUCAGCAGAAAUGAGAAAAAUGAUCCUGCAUUUUUAGAUGGCAAUAUAUUAG